GUCAGUACACAACAUCAACACAUAUAUAACACCCAAUCAAUUGAUAAUAAGUUUCCACAAAACUUGAAGAUAUCAUUGAAGAAAAAAAAAGUUUUUUUUUAAUAAUAAUUAUUAUCACCAAAUGGUUUACCACUACUUAACUGCUAAAUAAAUGGUAAUCAAAUCAUCGCUGGCAAAGAUGUCUGGGUCGGCAUCGGCAGCACCGGGCGAUGGCCGCCGUAGCGAAGUAAUCCUAUUGGACGGCCGUCGGGUUGAACUGAUAAUACAACGGAAACUGUUUGCCGGCGAUCUCUUCGAUAUUGUCUGUUCGCACUUCCAGCUGAAAGAAAAACAAUACUUCGGAUUGGCUUUUCUGGAUGAAACCGGUCAGUACUCGUGGCUUAAUCUCGAUAAGCGUGUCCUGGAUCACGAAUGGGCUAAACGACACGCGGCGGCCACGGCUACCAACAGUGGCCAUAAACUGGUACUACAUUUUCUGGUCAAAUAUUUUGUCCAAACUGUUGUCCAAUUGACGGAUACUUCGAGUGUCGAGCUAUUCUAUUUGCAAGCCCGAUCCCUGGUGGCCAAUCAAGUUAUCCAAGUUGACCAGGAUACUGGUUGGCAAUUGUCGGCACUGGUCAUGCAGGCAACGUACGGUGAUUAUACCGAUGAUGACGAUAACGAUAGCAAAUGCAAGAAUCAACUCAAGCGACACCAACAGCAACUGAUACCGACAUAUCUGCUGAAAGAGUUGCCAUCGUUGGCGGCUUGCGAAGAGAAAAUCAUUGGCCAUUAUCGCCAACUAACGGGUCAGACACGCGGCCAAUCAAUAGUCAAGUAUAUGUCGCUGAUUGAAAAACAGCCGACCUACGGUGUACACUUUUACGAAGUCCGGGACAAAUCGGGUAUACCCUACUGGCUAGGGCUGAGCUACAAAGGUAUCGAUCAGUUUGAUUACGCCGAUCGGCGUAUACCUCGCCGAACAUUUCUAUGGAAACAAUUGGAAAAUCUGUACUUUCGGGAGAAAAAGUUUUCGAUCGAAGUACGCGAUCCGAAACGCGUUGUCCACGCCUUGUCGUCGGUUAAUCUCUACGAAAAUGCUAUCGAAGAAUCCCGAGGCGAUCUGGUGGACGAUCUGUCGUCGGCCAUAACCGAUCCGACAACCCAGGUAUCGGUCAGCCGGCGUACGUUCGGUCCGUGCAAUGUUACCGUCUAUGUAUGGUUUGCCGCCAAUCCGUGUCUGACCAAGUGUAUCUGGUCGAUGGCCGUAGCCCAGCAUCAGUUCUACAUUGAUCGGCGCAAUUCGGUUACUGCGAAAAAUCAUCUGAAUUGGCGAUCGGCGGAUCAGAUUGCCGACGAACUUACCGCCAACAAGGCGUUUGUCGAACGAUCCGAACGAUCAUCUGGUUCUUCAUCAUCGCGGAGUCAGCUAACCACCGGUUCCUCAUCACAACAACCCCAUCAUCAUCAUCAUCACAAUCAUCAUCAGCGGACAAUCAGUUCCCAUAGUCUGCCAGCGCUUUGUAUUGAAAACGAAACACUGGAUAAUCUUGAAACCAAUAAACGUAAUCAACAAAAACAAAUGUUUGACGCCUUAAAGAUACGUAAGGAAGCACUAGAAGAAGCCAUGAACAAGAAGUUGAAAGAAUUGAAAGAGUUGUGUCUGAAGGAAGGGGAACUGACCGGUGAAUUGCCGCCCGAAACACCAUUGAAUGCCAACGAACCGAUUCCAGUAAUCAGACGUCGAGUGGGUACCGGAUUUACGCUAAACAACAGCAAACUGAUUGGAAAACCAAAGACCAAACAGGAAGCAAAUCUAAUGAAACUGGAACUGGAGUACGAAAUUCAAAGUAAAAUAGUGGCCGCAGCCGCCCGACUGGCCAAAGAUGGUACUACCAAGAAGAUUGCGCGCCGUCAGCGCAAACACGCCUACCAACAGUCGUUGGCCAAACUCAAAGACCUGGAAGGCCGGCUGGUUGUGGUCAGGCGUCAAAUUGCGGCCUCAAAACAACAACUAUCAACCAAAUCUAGCCGACGCCGUAGUAGUCAUCAGUCAACCGAAGAUCUAAGCGACGACAAUAUGAGCCAUUCGACUGACGAGUCGUCGUCGACGACAACACAACAACUGGAAAAGUGUGGCAACAGUUUGAACAAGUUUUUCGUUACCGAAGACAACAACAACCAGACCAGCAAACAAUCGGAGUUUUCCGUACGCAGAACUGCCAGUCUAUACACUGGAUCUAUACCGUCGACACCGAACCCGUCGUCAUCAACAGCCAAAGAAGAUGUCGAUCAUCAUCAACAGCGACGACGACGACCACUAUCGCCGUCAGUCAUAUCGCUAGUGAAUCGCACUAAUGCUAUCCAACAACAACAACGGCCGCGAUCGGCGGCCGCCGCCUCUGAACCGGGUGAUCGUCGUCGUCGUUGUGGUUUUGAUUACGAUACCGAUGAAGAAUCCAACGAAAUGUUACGCAAUCUUGAAGCAGACAACAACAGCAACAACAACAACAACGAUGUCUUUGCCAGCAAUAGCGAUAUCGCCAGCAGCUGUGGUAAUGGAAGUGUCAUCUAUUUAGCCGAUGAUGACCAACAACAACAACAACAAGAAAUUAAUAGAAAACGGCUGUUAAUGGCGGAGGAGUCGACAUAUAUUAAUAAAUUUGAAACAUCCGUACACUUGACUGACAGUUCCAAUCUAUAUAGUGUUCCCAAUAGACGUACAUCUAUUGCCAUCAAAAGCCAAGACGACACUACACUACUGAUCCGAUCGCCAGUUAAGCAUCAGUUCAAAGAGCCGUUAGUACCGGCAGUUGUCAACAACAAACAUCAUCGCCAGUGUCUGCAAAAUGAUAAUAUGAUAACUCUGUUGUUGCGAAGUAAUAGUCUGGAUAAUAGUAGUCAUUAUCAGCAAAGACGGAGAAGCGAUAGUACUUACGAGUCAUAUCAUUCGCCAACCAAUUCAGUAGUAGUUUCUUCUUCUACAUCAACUGAUCCACAACAACAGCACCACAAACACUAUCAAAAUCAUUAUCCAUUAGCUUAUCGAUUGAGUCGUACAUCACUUACCGAUAACCAUCAGUCAGAUGUUUCUACUUGUCCUCCAUCACCGACUACACUAACUACCGGUACCACUACUAACACAACUACUACUACUACUACAACAACAAUGAUAAACCCGAUGGCACAGAGACAGCUGCCAACACUGCCGAUAGAAUCGCCGCCGCCGUUGUCGCCGUCAAUAACCACCAAAUGUCACUUUUCAAGAAGUGAAUCAUCUCACGACUAUGAAAACAUUACCGGCAUUAUCAUCGGCCAAGAAGUUAUUCCUCCAUUAAGAUCGGCCCAAAUGGUGAUCACCGAUAAUAUCACCGCCACUGAUGAUAUGGAUAGUCACAAGUUUCGUCAUCAUCACAACAAUGGGUCUCAAGACAUAAACCAAAAACAUCCGAAUCAUUAUCAUCAACAACAACACAAUUAUCAUCAGCAGCACAACAACAACAACAACUACUAUCAUGAGAAGGAAUCAUCGGUGGUUUCCCUAAGAAAUAGGAUAAAUUCGGGUCCAAUAAGUAGUCAGACUUCGAUGACUACUACUACUACUACUACCAAUACUACCGGUACUACUAAUAUGCCAUCAAUGGUCACAUCAAACAAAACGCCAAUUAUAUCGCACAAACGCCAGGACUCGAUGUUCAUCAGCGAUGAACGGAUGUGCACUACUAAACCAUCGCCGCCACUACCGGUACUCAAGUCGUGGACAGAAACGUCGCUUGACUUUGUUGUGUUGCCCACAAAACAAAACCAAACCGCCGAAACAAGACCAACGACAAUACUUGCCAACGAUUCUCAUAAUAUCUACGUAAAUACCGCCCAUAUUAUGGCCACCAUUGACAACGCGGCGGCUGCGGCAAACAACUCUGAUCCGUCCAAAGAGUUGUACGUCAAUGUCCAGACUAUGGCACAUAUGAUGCCCACAUCGUCGUCGUCGUCGGUGUCAUCAUCAUCAGCACCCGAAACACUGUCAUCGUCUCACUCGACUACACCAUCACCGCCACUGCCAACACCACCACCGCCGGCACUAUCAUCGCCCACACCAUCCUAUGCCAGCAGUUGCAGUACAUUAAACAUGAUUAACAACAACAAUCGCAACUCAAUUGCGUCCAUCAGUUCCAAGUGGUCACUGAACGGCUGCGGCGGCGGAGACUAUCAACAAACAACCAAUAAACCGACUCCAAUACCAAUGUCGCCGACUAUACCGUCGGGUAACGGUGUCGAAGUAACCGUUGUAAGUGUUGGCCAAUUUCAGCCCUAUUGGGAAGAGGAAAAGCCGUUCGAGUUGUCCGACUUUUAUAAGUACAGCAAAAAGCAUAACAACAACAACAACAAUAGUACCGGUAAUCGCCAAUCACGGCAAUCGGUUAGCUCCAUAUCGUCGUGUAAUAGUACCACACCGUUACCAUCGGCUGACACACCGACCAGUCUAUCGCCAAUAUAUCAAAACUGCAAUAACAACAAUAACAUUAAUAAUAAUAAUAAUACACUUAUUGGCGAUAAAAAUAAUUAUCAACACUUACACCACCACCACUACAACCAUCACCAUCAUCUGACCACUCCAUCCAAGACUGAAAUAUCUCAGUUAAAUACCAUUCAAUCGCCACAAUCACCGCUAAACGAGUCGCUAAAAUCCCAGAUGAUUGUCAGCGAUUCAUUUACCAAUGAACUGAUCUCAUGGUAUGAUGAUCACCGACGGUCGGACAGUAGUACAGCAGUGGUCACCACCCAUACGACCAUCACUACCACAACCACCACCACCAUCGGCAACAACAGUAGCCACAAUCGUGACCACAAUAAGAAAAAUCCGACACUUGUUUAGAGAGAGAGAGAGAGAGAGAGAGAGAGAGAGAGAGGAACUGACUCUGAAAACGGACUGUUUUUUUAUUUGCCAUUAAAAUCG